CCUAAGUUGACCUCUUUCUUGCUGGGAGACCAGAGCAGCCAUGAUUUUCCGACUGAACCUAACCAAAACAUUAUGCUCCGUGUGAGGUUUCUCCUCCCUCUGCGUGCAGUCGUAUCCGACCGGGCAUCCGCGUGGUGAACACGGCGGUGAUGUCCACACCCAGCGGCGACCAUUGGUUCUUUGCUUUCGUAUGGUUUACCUUUCGCUUCGAUAUCGUGUCAUCUCUUCUAAUCUCUGCCUCGGUUUAAUAUUUCUUCAUCCCUGGCCUCCUACAGACGCAUAUCGGCCUCGUCCAGGAAGGCCCUGUUCCCCGGUCUCACCUCACCGCUCACCCGUGCCCCCGACGUGCCCUCCCAACAGUAAGCUGUGCCUACCAUCGUCGCUUCGGAUCUUCGACAAAGUACACUCCCACCAUUCACCUUCUUGUCUGUUCUCUUCCUCCCAUUCUCCAGACCGCAGACCAUUACCACCCACCGUCCUCCCACCUCCGACUCUGCUUGAGUCUCUUCGCUUCCACGUCGGUACAUCCGGACGAAUUCCUCGGUGAACGUCUACCGAUUGUCAGGCUAAACAUAGCCCAGCAUUUUUUGGAUUCCGCUUCAGAUCGGAAAUUGUGAUUCCGCCUUGAUCUCCAGGCUAUGGAUACUCUAAGUACGGCGCUCUAU